GAGGUGAUGGAGGUUUUUGAUAGGUCUCCCACUGACAAGGAGCUUGUGUCCCAGGCCAAGGCUCUCUGCAGAGACUACAUAAAUUCGAGGCUCAUUCGAGCAGGUGUCAGCUGGAGCAAACCUGAGUACAAUGUACCAGUGCCUGGCGGUAAGCUGGCCGAGGUGUCCACUAUACUGCUGCGACUAGGAGAUGAGCUGGAAUACAUUCGUCCCAACGUCUACCGGAAUAUCGCCCGCCAAUUGAACAUCUCACUGCACUCGGAGACAGUGGUGACGGAUGCCUUCCUGGCAGUAGCUGCGCAGAUUUUCACUGCAGGCAUAACAUGGGGCAAGGUGGUGUCUCUCUAUGCUGUGGCAGCUGGGCUGGCAGUGGACUGUGUGCGACAUGCACAGCCAGCCAUGGUUCACACCAUCGUAGACUGCCUGGGAGAGUUUGUCCGCAAAACCUUGGUGACAUGGCUGAAAAGGAGAGGAGGCUGGGCAGACAUCACAAAAUGCGUGGUGAACACCGACCCCAGCCUUCGAUCCCACUGGCUCGUGGCCGCUGUUUGCAGCUUUGGUCACUUCCUCAAGGCUAUCUUCUUCAUCCUGCUGCCUGAGAGAUGAAUCUGAGUCACCAAGCGCAGCCCCCCUACCCCAUCUCCUCCCUGGCUCCAGAAGCAGUGGUAAUGGCAAUCGCUGACGAGGAGGAAGAGAAGAAUCGGGACAAACAAAAGGCUUGUUCUCCUCUCCCUUCAGCUGGGAGCA